AUGGAUUGGUUGCAUUGUAAUUUAUGUUUUUGCCAACCUGGUAAUGGAAUAGGAUAUAAUUUGACUAAUUGUGGUCAUAUUUAUUGUGAAAAAUGUGUCAAAGAAGGAUGUGAAAAUAGAUGUAAAAUGUGUGGUGCGGUAUGUACUGCCAUGAAAUUAACCAGCAAGUUGAAACCUGAAGUUGAAUGUUUCUUUAUGGAUCCUAUCGACUUAGCUAAGAAACACAACAAACAGCUGAUGCAGGUGAUGGAUUUCCAAAGAAGUCACAGGAAGAGGCUUUCAUCUUAUAUACGAGAAAAAGUAAUACAUUUAAUUUUCUAA